AUGUCUAGUGGCAAGCGAAGAAACCCGUUAGGGCUUAGCCUUCCACCCACUGUCAGUGAAAAUGAGAAGGAAGAUGGCUCCAAAGAGGAAGAGGCUUCGAUUCUACCAUUAGACGAGCAGCUGAAAAGAUUAGGUUUAACAGAACCUCAGAAGCAGAGAAUGAAUGAAUGGAUUCAAAUUAAAGAUUCCAUUCAAGAAGACUUGUCUGAGGAUGUUCUUGAAAACAAGGGAGAGCUAGGGCAUGGAAAUGGGGGUGUUGUACAUAAGGUUGUUCAUAAGAAGAAAGCAGUAACGAUGGCUCGAAAACUAGUCCACCUUGAGGUGAAACCUUCUGUAAGACAACAAAUCAUAAAAGAAUUGUCUGUUCUGCACAAAUGCAACAGUCCCUAUAUCGUUGGGUUCUAUGGUGCUUUUGUCGACAAUAAUAAUAAUGAUAUCUCGAUUUGUAUGGAGUACAUGGAUGGUUUAUCUCUAGAUAUUGUGCUCAAGAAGGUUGGGCGGUUGCCGGAAAAAUUUGUGGGCAGAAUAUCUGUUGCUGUCAUUCGAGGUCUUUCAUAUUUGAAGGAGGAAAUCAAAAUACUUCAUCGAGACGUCAAACCAUCCAACAUGCUCGUUAACAGCAGCGGCGAUAUAAAGCUUUGCGAUUUCGGAGUUUCGGGAAUGUUGAUAGACAGUAUGGCUAACUCAUUUGUUGGAACUCGAUCGUAUAUGGCUCCGGAACGACUCACUGGGUCUCACUAUUCCAUUCACUCCGAUAUUUGGUCUGUUGGCUUGUCGCUUGUUGAGUUGCUGAUUGGGCGAUAUCCUGUCCCUGCUCCUUCAAUUGCUGAGUAUUCACAGAUCCUUGGAGUUUCAGAAGAUAAAAUACAUUUGUCUGAUGGACGGACAGAGGUUCCGGCUUACCAAGCGUCUAAGACUCCGGCAGCAAUGGCAAUUUUCGAAAUGUUGGAUUACAUUGUUAAUGAGCCACCACCUGCACUUCCAAAAGGCUUUUUCAGCGAUGAUUUAAUCGUUUUCGUUUCAAAGUGUUUGAACAAAACACCUACUGAACGAUCCAACUUAAGAGCGUUAGCUGCAGAGCCUUUCUUCCAGAAAUACGAAGACUCAGAUGACAAUGGGGAGUUCGCAAAGUUUGUGCGAUCCACUAUCCCAGAAGCAUGA